AUGCCCAAGUCCCGAAACCUCAACGCGCUGUGCCUGAGAAACAAGACUUCAUGCAUGCCUCAUAAUGGAACUUCAACAAACAAUGAGAGCGAUGCCAGUGAACGGCAAAACCAACAGAGGCAGAACCCCCAAGAAAAAGACUCCAGAUCCCAGCAUAAACUAAAGACAUACAGUUCACCGCUGUGCCCGGCUCAGUCCAGCAGCAGCACCAAGUCUGGGGUUCCAGAGAGCUCACUGUUUACUAAUGGGUUUUGUAAAUGGCCAGGCUGCAAUGAAGUGUUUAAAGAAUACACCAUUUUUCUGAAGCAUCUUCGCACUGAGCAUGGCCCUGGAGAUAAAAGCAUUGCGCAGUGGCGAAUGCAAAGCGACAUAGUGCAGCACAUGGAGAACCAGCUUGCUGUGGAAAAGCAAAAGCUACGGGAAAUGCACCUGCACCUGCUUGGUAUCAGAUCUACUUUAGAGGAUGACAGUUUGGAGCAGUCCAGCCAUCUCUCUGAGAGCUUGCAGCAGUGCCAAGGAAUUAAUGGUCUCCCUAGUGCCAGCAGAGACUCGACUGAGCUUCUAGCUCGUGGAUACUGGCAUCUCCCUACCUCACAACUCAUACCAGGAGUCGCCCCCAGCAUUGAAUGUUACAAGUACACAAACAUCAGACCACCUUUUACCUAUGCGUCUAUGAUAAGAUGGGCAAUACUGGAGUCCCCGGAGAAGCAACUGACACUUAAUGAAAUCUACCACUGGUUCACGCGGAUGUUCUUCUACUUCCGACAUAACACGGCCACUUGGAAGAAUGCAGUCAGACACAACCUAAGCCUUCACAAAUGCUUUGUUCGUGUGGAGGGAGGAAAGGGCUCGGUUUGGACAGUGGAUGAAGUAGAAUUCCUCAAGAGAAAGGGCCAGAAACUGCACAGGGACCAUGAUUUCACCUGGAUGGCCCACUACCCAUUUUUUUAUACUUAA